AUGCCAGAAAUCCAAAGUAAUCAAUUAAUCAUGAAUAUGUUAAUAAGCGAGACUAUAAGGCAACUGUUAAUUUGUACAAGACGAUUAGAAAAAUUUACCAUGUUAGAAAAUUUAAUAAAACAAUACUUUCACGAAAAUUACACAAUUAUUCAAAUACGUGAAUUAUUGUUAAAUAAACAUGGAAUUUCUAAAUCCAUCAGCACCAUUAAGAGAAUUCUUUCUGCAUUGGGACUGAAAAGGAAAUAUUUCAAGGAGUCAAAAAUGGAAGACAUCAUUUCUGCUAUUAUAGAAGAAGUUCAUUCAUGCGGCUAUAAUUUAGGUUACCGAAGCUUAUGGAGUCUUCUUCAAACUUGUUUACGUAGUAAACAUUCGGACAAGCUAGCUGGAAAUGGAAGUUUCAUCCAAGGGAAGAGUGUUCAAAAUCAACGCAUCGAAUCGUAUUGGGGUCGAAUGCGUCAACACACAGUGGAUUUUUAUAUCCAAUUAUUUAAGAGUAUCCAGUCGAAAGGUCUAUUUGAUGGAAGUAAUUUUCAUAUUAAAUGUCUUCAAUUUUGUUUUGGACCAUUAUUAAAACACGGCUUGGAUUAUAACCGGAGGCUAUGGAAUGAACAUCGCAUCCGAAAGCAAGCAGCCCGAAAUCUAGUCGCUGGACGACCAAAUGCAUUGUUCAACUUACCUCAUCAACACCAGUGUAGAGAUUUCAAAAAGCUUACGAAUAAAAAUACAGUUGAAAGAUUAAUGGAUAGGUUUACGAAAAAACCACAACUGCUUGAUCCGAUCAUAACAGAAUUGGUAGAAUUAUUGGUUCCUGAUGUUAAAACUCCAACAAAUCCUAAGGAAGCAUUGAACUUAUAUAAAAAUAUUUUAGAAGCAUAUGCGACUCAUAGGAAUACAAAUUAA